AAACAACGGAAAUUAUAAUGUCAUCUGUAUGAAAUUGUCUAUUAAAUUCCCCUAAUUACCUACAAAAGAAUAAAUAUGUGACAACCCUUGUUGACUGCACGGACGAUUUAGCUGCUGUGGGCGUAUGUUUUGUUGCCUGGCAACCUAUCUUAUCUUUAUUUUGUUGCUUUUUAUUUUGUUGACAAUUUUUCAUAUCCAUUAUCUGUUGCAUUGUUUCUGUUAGAUCUACAUGUAAAUCAAAUUUAGUUGUUAAAGGAGCUAUAAAUCGAUAUACUUUGGCACUUAGAAAUGUACACAAAUGCUUCGAAACGCAUAGGCCUAUAAAUAAUAUUAUGAAUUUAUAUAUGUUGAGUGCAGAUUACCCUCCUCGGACAGAUUACUCCCGCGCAUGCGCAAAUCUCCAUCUAAUUUCCGAUAAGUAAUCUGCGUGCACGAAGUGAACUUUGUCCGGACUAAAAUGGAUUACCGCGAUGAUAAUCCGCCUAAUCUUACUCGGUAUUCACUAUGGAUCAGUGCGUUAGUAUUAGUCAUUUUAAUGAUUACAUUUUAAUGAAUUUUGUGACCGUCGAGCAAAUCGGAGCAAAUCGAUACGGAAAGAAAAGUAUCACCGCAUUUGACUACCAGAAAAGAGGAAGUAGUAGAAGGGCUUUUGAGUUAUAAAGCAGUUUCCGUCGAGAGGUCUACAUGACAUACUUUGUGAACCUACAUACGGGUCUCUAAGACUUCGUUACUAAAAUGUUUGUGGAUUUUCUAAGGUAAUAUGGAUCAACCAGACUCAUUAGAAGGUUGGGUAGCCGUUAAAAACAACCCUUUUGUUGAUGACCUGUUGCCUCCACGUAUGACAUUUCUAGUAGCAUGGAAUCAAUCAGAUGGUAAAAUAGCUGUCACAUGCCGACUGACUUCUCGAACUUGCACUGAUUCUCAAGAUGACAAUACAAAGAGUGGUUAUUUUAGUAUUCAGGAAUUAAUGGGAAUACAUGAAAUGCUGUGUCUUAUUCAUCCUUCUUUAUCUUUGUAUCUUCCAUCACUGCCCGAGCAACCGAAGGGUCUCAUGGCGUAUAUUAGUAGUAUUCCUGUUCCGGAGGAUGUUGAUAGCUUAUGUGAUGAAUUAAGCAACUACUUCAAGAUUGCACUUGAAAUUUGUAAAGAAAAAUUACUUAUAUCCACUCUGUUUGAGGAACCAAACUUUGAUGACUAUUUUGAAAAUAUCGGGGAACUUCGAAGAGAGGGUUACUUGGAGCAGCUAAGAAAUUUGGAAGAAGAAAUGUUAAACAUUAUAUUCGAGAGAGACAAUUGUGUAACUAUGCAAGAUUUAGAAGAUGUGUAUUCUGUGGAGGAUGAUAUAGUCUUUAGAUUUAACAUAGCACUAGCUGAAUAUUAUAAUUAUCAAAUACAACCCUUUCUAGAUGUCCGAGAAGUAGCUUUCAAUAAACUCAAACAGGCCAAAAAUAAUUUAUCAGAUCGUCGCUUAGGUGACAGGAUACACAAAGAAAGUGCUGAAAUUAUUUCCGAGUGGAAUGGACAUUAUGAACAAGCUCUUGAUUCCAUACAAGAAUUUUACAUCAAAUACUACACACACACAAGUCAAAUGUAUUCAGAUAUGUGUAAGCGAAUGAAUGAAGAUAAGGCUAAGUUUGGAAGGAAAGCUUUUGAAAUUGUUGGAUCUGACAGAUUAUUUAGAAUUGAAGAGAAUAAGAGUCUAGAGAAACUACAGUUAUUCUAUAAUAGAAAGAAAUUAUGUAUUCAGGAAAGAGAUAAAGUCAAACAAGAGAUUGCAAGUUUACCAGAUACACCAAGAGUGAGAAAAGAUAUGGAAAAGUUAGAAGAACGUGUCUAUCAUUGUCAAAUCCGAAUUUAUCAAGAACAUCUUAACAUUUUAUCUGAAGAAGAAAAUUUGGCAAAGACUAAUUUAAACAAUCGUCUUCGUAUAAUAAAUGAAAAGAAUGAAGAAAUUACAUUUUAUGAUGCUGUUGAAAGUAUGGACGAGUUGAGUGGAGAUGAUGAUGAAGAUGACUAUAUGGUUAAUGAUAAAACAGAUCCAGAAAUAUUACAGUUCAAACGGCAACUAGCUGAUAUUAAUCGUAGAAGAGCUAUUCUAAGAAAUAAAAAGUCAACAUUAGAAAGACAGUGUAAACAAAAGGUACAGAUCAAACAAGAGAACAUCGAAAGACAUAAUCAUCAUCAUUCUAUACAAAUUAAACGCAAUAGAGAUAAAGAAACGCUGGAAGCCAAGAAAGAUUUUAUUGUGGAAGAAAGAAAGAAAGCAAUAGAUCGUUUGAAAUCUCAUAAAGUGAAAUAUCCGGUUCCUGCAACUAUAAAACCAUUACGUUAUCAACCUCCAAGUCAAAGAAAAGAUUCUUUGACGUCACUCAGUAGAUACAAGACACCAUCCGUAGUAAGCAAUCAAAAAUAUCCUUCACUUGCUCCCGUGAAAGAAAAGAAAACGCCAGCUCCACGUAAACCAUUUGUUCGUCCACCGAAGAAGAAAUUUGAUAAUGUGGAUGGUGAUGUAACAUUUUAUAUAAGUGGAGGCACUGUUAUGAAUCAGACAAAUAAUGGAGAAAAGACAUUAGAAAAUGCAAAGCUAGAUUCAAUGGCCUCUUCAUUUAAUCCUUCUAUGAUAAAUCCUCCCUCUCAAGCCCCACCCCCACCACCGACUCCACCACCACCACCACCACCACCACCCCCAGCAGUCCUGCCUCCACCUCCACCAGUUCCUUCUUUAACAGGUUUAUCCAAACCACCAAAUCUAGGAGUACAGUUCAAUUUGGCAGAAGCAAUGAAGAAUUUGAAGAAACCCAGCUCUAUUAAUGAGAACUCUAGUAGUAACAAUGGAGGAUUGGAUUUAAGUAGUAUCGCAUCUGGAAGAAUGCAUUUAAAACCUGCAAAGGAAAGAGUAUUGAAACCUAAAAUAGAAGAUGGUAAUAUAAUGGGAGAAAUGUUUAAUUUGAUAAAGCAAGGUGUUAAACUACGCCCAUUAAAAGCUUUAAAUAAUACAGAUAUUAACCCUUCAUCAUUACCACCUAAUGACAGCCAUUUACAAUUAUUACAAGAGAGUAUGAGGAGAAUUAACAAGAUGACUCGUGGAAAUUCUCCAGAAUCUGAAGAUGACGAAGAUGAAAACAAUUUUGAUUUUGAUGACUAAAUACUAUUUGAUAUAAAUAUACUCAGAAGUUUUAUUGAAGCAAUAUAAUAUACUAUCACAUUUGAAAAUAGUGUAUAUUAAUAAGACUAAAUAAUUAUGUUAAAUUAUGUAAUAAUUAGCUUGUCUUUAGAUGUCAAAAACAAUGAAUAGUACAAGAUUGGACAACAGAUAAUAGAGCAAAAACUCACAGCGUUCUGGGCUCUUAUUCACGAAAACUUAAACUAAGAAAUACUGCAAUUCGAUUGGCUGACCAGUAAAAUCAAUUUGCAUAUAUCCAAUGAAGUUGCAGUAUUUCUUAAAAUUUCGGUUGUAACUUAGUUUAAGUUUUCGUGAAUAAGGGCCCUGAAUAUUAAUUUUGUUUAUACAAAUUUUAAAUGACAUUAGUUUAUAUACAGAAUGAAAUUUGAUAUUAAUAUUUAUGUUAAUAGCUCCAUCACUAUGGUUGUCACACCAUUAGACAUACUGAGGAAUUUCUAUUGUAAAUUUUUUUUUUUUUUUUUACUAUGUUUGCAAUAUAAAUUUUUUUUUAUUUUUUACUAUGUUUGCAAUAUAUCUAAGUAAAUUAUGUUAAUUAAUUUAUAGAUAAUACUUAUGUAUAUUAUGUUAUGUCACUGAUUUAUAGGUUGUGCCAAUUUAAAUACAUCAUUUGAGAUAUAAUUAAUUUAUUUUAACCUGUAUAAAAUUGAUAUUUAACAAAAUGCUGAUGAUAAAAAAAGUUUAUUAAGUUACUUUUUUUUAAUGUUAUAUCAGAAUUAAUAAAGAAUUUGAUUGUUUU